AUGAAGAAGUUUUUUAUAUUGACAGUAAUUUCUACUGUAUUAGCCAGCGAACUAUUUGCUAAGGAUAUAGUUAUAGAUGCACCAGCAGCACAGAACACAGAAGGAAAGGUACAGAGUGAUAAUGACAAAAAGCCAAAAGAGGAAGAAAAAAAGUCUUCACCUUUUUCCUUUUUAAACAUUUUUAAUAGAAGUACAAAGACUGAGCAGAAUACAACAAAAGAUACCCAAGACAAAAAAGAAAAAUCAACUGGGACAGAUACCAAAACACUUACCGAAAAAUCCACCAGCAAGUCUUCCACUAAGUCAACGACUCUUGAUAAGCAUAACAACAGUUACGAGAAUGCCAAGGAAAAACCCAGUAGCAAAGACAAGUCUGGAAGCAUAAAGGAUAAAUCCAGCGGAAAAGACAAAUCUGACAGCAAAGACAAGUCUGGAAGCUCUAAGGAUAAGCCUACUAGUAAAGAUAAAUCCAGUAGUAAAGAUAAGAAAGACGGCGACAAAUCAUCGAACAAUGUUAAGACUGUUACUGUAACAGAAAUACGUGUAGUGACUGUUUACAAGCCAAUUAUGCCAGAGUCUAGCCAGAAUGCGUCUGAGAAGUACAACAACUACUCAAAGAGUGCAUUGAGCAGCUCAGCAAAGUCUGUUAAGGUGGCUAAUGUGGAUGCCGUGAAAGCCCAUGAAAAGGCAAGCGAAACUGUCAUAAAAAGCAAUAAAAUGACUUUGAAGGAUUUACAGAAGCAAAAGGACGAGGCGACAAAGAAGCUUGCAUCUCUGGAAAAAAACCUGGCUGAGAUUCAGAAAAACAUUGCAGUUGCAGAAAGCCAGAAGAACAUACACCAGAAUACUGUCCAAGAAAAGAUGGAAAAUCUGAAAAGUGCUCAGAAGCAAUUCCAAAUCAAUCAGGAGGAGGUGAAGAAGAGCAUUAAAGCAAUUGAGAAAAAAAUAAAAAGCAACAGCUCUGUUCUGGAACAAAACAAAAACAAGAAAACAGAGGUUGAAGAAGAUAUCAAAGUAACAAAGAAACAGACAGACCACUUGAAAAAGGCCGAAAAGACUGUUGAGGGCUUUGUGAACGAAAACACUGAGACAAUCAUAAAAGACCUUAAGAAAGAGGAGAAAACCGAGAAAAAAACUGAGAAGAAGGAAGAAAAGAAGGAGAAAAAAGAGGGAAAGUCGCUUGAUAAGACCAAAAAAGAACUGAAGGAUCAGAAGAAUAAAGAAAAGGAUCAAAAGGAGAAGGAGAAAAAGAAUAAAGAUAAGAAAGAGGAAAAAGAUAAGAAAGAAAAGAAACUGAAGGAAAAGAAAGAAAAAGAAAAGAAAGAAAAAGGAUCAGAAGAAUAA